GAAAGAGAGAGAGAGUGAGAGGGAGGGGAUAGUGAAAUAGAGGAGGAAAAAACACAAGGAGGGGGGGAAAUAUAAGAGAAGAACACGGGAAACGGGAGGGAAAAGAGGGGAGGGGAGAUAUAUCAUAUUGUUCAUUUCUCUCUCUUAGUCUGCCAUCCCGGUUGCGCGGCUUACUGCUCGGUGCCGUCUUGGAGAGGAAAAGAGAGUGAGAGAGAGAGCGAGAGAGAGGAGGGGUGGACAGAGCGAAAGAGGGCGGAAUGCCCCUUUACAGGCGUCGCAUCUGACUAGAACAGCGGAGAAUCUCGUAAUUCAGAAAUUGGUCAGAUAGGAGGACACUGCUUUCUGCAACACCAAGGUUCUGUUGAAAAAAAUCUCCACGACUGACAGUGACAUCCAGUCCACGCUGAUGUGCUGGCAAGGCCAAGGAUCCCGAUGCAGUCCAACAAUUCCUGCUGGAGCUAGACUAAGAGCUCAGCACAACAGGCUCCCAUUUCUGAUCUUGGAAACAUUAGGAAAAUAACAAGAUAAAGUUUAUGCAUGCACUGCAGGCAUAACUCCACGCUCCUCAGCCAAAUCUGUUUGCAAAGAAAAUUUCACACAUAGUGUCUCCACGCGGGCUUGCAACAUGGCCCAGAACCUGAAGAGCUGAGUUCAAUAAAGGGAAAGUGAGAGGGGCGGGUGCUGCUCACUCAUUCAUGGGCACAUCAGUCUGGCCUCUGCGAUCCAGCCUGCAGAGCCCCUCGUGUUCUUGCUUCAUCACAGCUGCCCCCUCAAGUUCCUCUGCCUAAUCACUCUCAGCUCGCACCUUGUAAAAGGUGGACAGCCCAAAACUGUGCUUACCCAAGCGCCGUCCGAUAGGUGAGGGCGGCGAGGGCUGCGCUGUCAUUGGCUGACUGCUGGUGAGAGUGCGAUGCGGAUUGGAGGAUGUCAGGGGACUGGGAUGAAGACCUGUGUAAGAAGGCGCUGGUGCUGGUGGAGGAGCUGUGCUUCAACACGAGGGGUUACAGCCAGAACGAACGCUGCCAGGAGUUCAUCUUCCUGAGGAGGGGCAACAGGCCGCUAGACCCAGAGAUCUCUGUCAGCCUGCUGUCGGUCAUUGUGACAUUCUGCGGCAUCGUCCUCCUCUCCGUCUCCCUUUUCGUUUCCUGGAAGCUCUGCUGGCUACCAUGGCGGGACAAGGAGGGCGGAGGUCUGAGCCUGACAUCGGGGUUGCUUCCUGGAACCGCCGGUGUCGGAAACCUUGCAGCUGCCGGGGGCUCGUCACUCUUACCCCCGCUGCUGCAGAGGAAAGAGGGCCACUCCUCGUCCUCGCUCUAUCCCACCCUUGGCCAGCAGGGCCAGCACCACCCCCAUUUCUCUGACCUGGUGGGGCUGGAGAGGGGUGAGGUCGGAGGCGUGGUUGGAGGGCCAAACGAGACCCAGGAGCACUCCUACCUGGACAUGGACACCUACCCCAACAAUGCUGGAACUCUGAAGCUGAGUCAGACGUCUCCAGACGUUCCCAACUCAGAGGGCGGAGCCAAUAAAGACCUGCCGAACGCUCACUCCCAACAGCAGGUCACCCCUCGGCCCAAGCCCAUGACUCACCAGCUCUCCAGUCCCGAUUUCCACGGAGAGGAGAAGGAACAGGUAACCAGCAUUGGGCAGAUUAAACCGGAGCUCUACAGACCCAAAGGCGACCAGGGCGAAGGCAAACAGGGCGACACCUGCGGCAAGAUCAGCUUCCUCCUGCGCUACGCCUUCAAUACGGAGCAGUUGGUGGUGAAGAUACUGAAAGCUUUGGACCUGCCAGCGAAGGAUGCCAAUGGCUUCUCUGACCCGUACGUGAAGAUUUACCUACUGCCAGACAGGAAGAAGAAAUUCCAGACAAAGGUCCACAGAAAGACCUUAAACCCAGUGUUCAAUGAGACAUUUCAGUUUGGCGUGCCGCUGAAUGAGCUACAUUCCAGGAAACUGCAUUUCUCCGUGUACGACUUUGACCGCUUCUCCAGACACGACCUGAUAGGCCAGGUAGUGGUGGACAACCUGCUGGACUUCAGCGAGGGCAGCGGGGACAAACCCAUCUGGAGGGACAUUGUGGAGGGCACUGCGGAGAAGGCCGAUCUCGGGGAACUUAAUUUCUCGCUGUGUUACCUGCCCACUGCAGGCAGGCUCACCGCUACAAUCAUCAAGGCCACCAACCUCAAAGCCAUGGACCUGACUGGUUUCUCAGAUCCGUACGUGAAGGCCUCUCUGGUAUGUGACGGGCGGAGGCUAAAAAAGAGGAAGACCUCCAUCAAGAAGAACACGCUGAAUCCCACGUACAACGAGGCGCUGGUGUUUGACAUUCCCAAUGAAAAUAUAGAAAAUGUAUCCAUCAUCAUCGCGGUGAUGGACUAUGACUGCAUCGGUCAUAACGAGGUUAUAGGGAUGUGUCGUGUAGGCAGCGAAGCUGAAGGUCCAGGGAGGGAGCACUGGGCUGCCAUGCUGGCCAAUCCUCGCAAACCAAUAGAGCACUGGCAUCAGCUUGUGGAGCCCACCAGCAGCAAGCUGCACCUCCGGUGUUUCGGCAGAAAGCAGAGUGAGGAGGAAGAGGAAGCUCAGAUGUGCAGAGGAAUGACAGAGAAGGAGGAUUAG